UAAGAAUCAGUGUAUUUGGAAUGAUGUUGCAAAUAUUGUAACUUUUUUAGGAAUGUGACGUGCCCUUUGUAUGCGAUUUUGUAGGCUUCUGAUAGUUUUAUAACCAUGGGUAACGGCAGUAUAAAUCCUACUCAUUUUGGAAAACUUGAAGCAUGAUCUUUGUUUACAGUGAUUCUUUAAGGAUGUAGUGUAAGUAAUAGGUGUACUUUAGAGAUGUAUGUGACCAAGAACUUUCGUCACGCUAUUCCACUUGAAUGUGUAACUGUCUGUUCUGCGUAAGUUGGGGUUUAUUAGUACAUUAUACAUUUUUUUUUGUUUUCGAUAAAGAUUACACCUUUCCAUUUUCUUUAUAAAAUCUAACCAAAAAAAAUAAAAAAUUGAGAUCCACUACCAGUGAGCUAAGCAAGUUCUACACCAUGUUAUUUCUAAUUAGAAGAGAGUAGUUUUGACAAAACUGCUUUUAUGCACUUAUGAGGUCAACCCUUGGUGCUCUGCCAUGUGCCAACACAUGAAGGGCAUAGGAGCAAAACUGUAAGAGUAGUAGGAUCAUAAGCACACUUUAAAGUUUUGCCUUUCUAAGGCAGAUCAACUAGCCAGACUUCAAUAAAUAAAUACCUGGAAAUAGCAGCUACAUGCUUGAACUGAUGUCUACUUACUAUUCACUUCAGAGUGAUGAACAAAGUCACUAGAGUUGUAUUGGAGCACUAACUGUUGAGCAUUAAGCUUUGCUUUCUUUUGACAUUUCUGCUUGAUCUCUCCAUUAAUGUUUCAAUGAAUGUUUCUUAAUUUUUUUUUCAGAAGUAAUAGUUUUGAAGUAGUCUGCCUAACAUUGAUCCUAUACAUUUUAAGCUUUCUUAGAACAGAAUUUGUGUUUCAUCUUGUGUCCUCUAUCUCUAUUGAACUUGUUCAUUUUCGUCAUCUUUAGAAUUAGUAUUACUCAUAGUGUUGCUCCAUUGCUUGAAGUGCCAGAGCAAUGCGAAACGAUGUUUUACAAUUCUAAUAAUGUGAAAUAAAGCAAUUUGGAAGAGACACAGUAAGUGAUCCAAGGGAGAACCAGUCACUUCCUUGAAUGUGACUUUAGAGAUGAAAAGAGAAAGUAAAGGGAGGAGAGAAGUGUGGCGUUUUAGUACCUGUGUAGUAGGACUUCUAUCCGUGUAUCAUAAACCGGGCCUUUUGCUACAUUUGUACUCAGACUCCUCUCCUUGUUGUUUUCUUCUUCAUCUUAUUUUUCUAGUUUGCAAUGGCUCUUCUAUUUUUCUAUAUCUCUGUAUCUGCUGAGUUGCCUCCUACUUCGGACUUUUUGUUCUUUUGAUGUGUGGCCCUUCUCUUCUCUGCUUCUUCUGCUUCAAUCCUUUUUCUCAUUUUUUUGUUCUACUAUCAAUUGAUUUCAAUAGUUCUUUUUAUUCUUUCUUGUCUGCUCUUUAUUUCGGUAUAUCUCUGAUUCUUGAUUUAUAAGUUGAUUGAUAAGAAGAUAAGCAAUGACAGUUGCAACUUAAGUUGAUAUUAGUGCAGCAGUCAAAGCAAUCAAAUAUGAAUAUUGAACGCUGCCAAUCUAUUAUUUUACUCAUGAUGGGUUGAAAACAAAAAAAUCAGUCUUAUAAUUGAACUUAUCUUUCUGUAAAAUUGCUGAAACUAAAUCAUGUGUACUUUAUGUUAUAAUUAUGCUUUCUUUUUUCAAGAAAAAGAUAAAUAGCUUAGGAUGGGCAGGUUUACAUUUCAAUCUGUUUCCUCAUAACAUUUAAACCUACCCAUACAGAGUCCAAUCUAUUUGUCUUCCAGCUGUGCACUUCAGUAGUGAAAGGUUGACAAUAAACUUUAAUAUAUCAUAUUCAUUUCUCAAGCGAGAAACAAGGAUAAUGCUGAAUCCUGUUUGUUGUCUACCAUCUAUUGGUAAACAAAAAUUUACAAAACGAGAGAGGUUUUCCAGAACUUCUUGGAACAUUGUGUCAAAAAAAGGUGUCCGAAAGCACAAAUGUCUUGUCAUAUCCGUGUAUUAUGUCCUCCAUGUCAAGCCAAGUUAAUUUCUGUGUACAAGGAUAGGAAACCACACUUUUGAUUGAAAUGAAUGGUGCUUCUUCGGCCGGUGGUAUAAGAGGUGCUUUAUCCUAUUGUGUGCAGCAAGUACGGCGUUAUGAUUAUCAUCACUACCUCUGCCUUCUUGAACUUCCAGCAAACAUGCGGAAGGCUGCAUUUGCACUCCGAGCUUUCAAUGUCGAGACAUCCCGAGCUAUGGAUGUUGCAUCUGAUCCCAAAAUUGGUCUUAUGCGCUUGCUGUGGUGGCAAGAAGCUUUGGACAAGAUCUAUUCAAACAAGGUGAUUGAGCAUCCAGUAGCUCAGGCCCUCACUUCUGUGGUAUCUGAACACAAGGUUAGCAAAAGUUGGCUUAAACGAGCUGUGGAAGCCCGAAUAAAUGAUGCGAAUAGAGAAAAUAAUGAUAUUCCACAAACUGUUGAAGAAUUGGAGCAAUAUGCUGAGGACACAACAUCAACUAUUCUGUACUCUACACUUCAAGCAGGUGGUAUUAAAUCCACAGCGGCAGACCAUGCUGCUUCACAUAUUGGUAAGGCAAGUGGACUCCUUUUGUUACUUAAGUCACUGCCAUACCAUGCUAGUAGAAACCAUCAGUUUUCAUAUAUACCAGCCAAGGUGGCUGAGAAACAUGGAUUGUUGGUUCACCUAAGUGGUCAGUCAGAGAUCAAAAAGGACUCGCGUGAGGCCCUUUGUGAUGCAGUUUUUGAGAUGGCAUCUGUAGCUAAUGCACAUCUGCAGAAGGCUCGACAAUUGGCCGGAAGUGUGCCAGCUGAAGCUCGUCCUGUGCUUUUGCCUGCUGUGCCUGCCCAAGUCAUGUUAGAUUCUUUGGCUCAGGUGCAGUUUGAUGUGUAUGAUCCACGGCUGGCACAAGGAAUCUUAGGGGCUCCCCCCUUGUUGUUUCAGUUGAAACUGAAAUGGUAUUCAUGGAGGGGCAAAUAUUGACAUUACCCUUUUUCAUCCCUUUAUAGAGUGUGUGUGUCACCAACCACUGACCGACACGAGUUAUUGAAUGCUUACAUGAAUAAAUUGAUGAUUCUUUGGUUGAUCCUGCUGGUGUUUGGUCCAUACACGCGAAGAGAACAUAAGCUACACGUGUUUGGAUAAAUUUCUGCAAGUACUUUGGCCGUCUGGUUUUGACUUUUGACAGUCGUGGUUCACUCUGGAUUGCGGCUUUUUGGUUGAAGUGCUCGAUUUUGUCUGGGAAACACAGCCAGAAAAUCACAAGGAACAAACAUAUAUUAUUUGGUAAGCCAUGUCGAUUAACCAUUCAAUCUUUGUUUAAUAGUGUUUCUCUAUCUAUCAUCAUCUUAGCUUACGAGUUUUGAAAACCGGCAAGUGUAGUGUGGGACUGACUUUGAAUCUAAUUCGACUCCAAAGCUAGCUCAUGACGUGAGAAUUUCUCAAGACCAGUUCCACAUCUCAGGAUCCAAUGUGGGACAAACUUAACCAGAUGUCAUUUGUGAUAUAUUUGGAGCAGUGGACACCUAGUGUGAAAAGGCAUGUGAGGUCCUAAUAUGGAUUAUGCAUGUCAAAGUUUGGACAACCAUUUCUUGUUAAUCAUGUGUGGUGUCUGGAUCAGCUUAUAUGCAUCCCGACUAACUUUACGAGAUACCUAUUAACUCUCACCAACAACGGUAUGGUACUCAGUAACUCUGUCAAUCAAAACUAAGAUAGAUGAAAAAAAUCAUCUGAUGUUUUUAUCUCUACUGGAAUUUGAACAUUGAGACUUGAUGUUUACUAUUGUGAAACAUGACUAUUCAGAAAUGAAAAAAAAAAUUGUAUUUAUUCUUGUCAUUAUCAUAUAGCAUACUAGUGGUGAAUUAUAAGAACAGUGUUAGCAGACAUAAGAUAAGUUAAAAAUUAUAUAUGCCCAUGUUGUUUCA